AUGUUCCUUGCUGGGCAAGGUCAAUUUCUUCAAAUGCUUUCUAUCAACAUUUUUGUUGUCAGCGUGUUGGCGUCUCUUGUUGGACUAACCCAAUCUGGAGAAUCACCUGUGGUUGCAGCAUUUAAUUUUCCUUCUGCUCUUAAAGAAGGAGAAAGAGCUAGUGCCAUUUGUACUAUAAGAUCUGGUGACACUCCGUUAGAAUUUCAAUGGUUGAAAAAUGGCCAUGAUGCAACAGAAGUCGAUGGAAUAAAAAUACAGACGGUAAUGGAUUCAUCUGUUCUUGUCAUAGCAUCCGUGAAUUCUCAAAGCUCAGGAAAUUACACUUGCAUUGUCAAAAAUUCUUUUGGAAGUGACCGCUACACGUCUUCUUUAGCUGUAACAGCACCACCUACCUGGAAAACUGAACCAGUGGAUAUAUACACUCAGGAAGGAGAAAGCGAAGUUAUUCAUUGUGAAGCAAUAGGAGUUCCGAAACCAGAAAUUAAAUGGACAAAAGGCGAUGAUGAUAAAAAUUCUUUCAUCUCGAGUGACCCGAGUUCCAGUAUCAAAACUCUUUCUAAUGGAGAUCUGUCCUUUAGCAAAAUAGAGGCUUCCAUGCAAGGCAGCUAUACAUGUAUAGCAGACAAUAACUUUGGACCAUCACUUUCCAAAACAGUAUUUGUUAAAGUUAGGGAACUUCAACGAGGAUAG